AUGGAACAAUUUAAACUCUUGUCUAGUAGACGAGCGUUGACUGAGGGAAUGGAAACGAACCACCAGCUGGUUGAGGAGGUGUUUCUCCUCGCACUGUUUUUGGUUUCAACCGCAGGCAACUCGCUGUCCCUGUUGGUUUUCUGUCGACGACCAGGAUUGAGGACGAUUUCAAAUCGCUACAGUUGGGGCUUUGCCAAACCCGGUAUUAUUAUUAGAUAUGUAUCUACCUGGAGACAGCCUAUCGAUAACAAAGACAGCAACCUGAGUAACUUUAAAAAGACAAAACAUUCAAAUGCUGCAAUGUAUUUCGUGUUUCAACACUGA